AUGGCGGCCACGCUUGAGUCCGACAUCCAAUAUCUCAAAAGCCUUCGGGCCGUCCGAGAGCGCUCGCGAAUCGUGCUUGAAGCGGCCCGAAACGGGGGCCUCAACAACUUUGAGCUUGAUGAACCGCGGAUGAAAGAGACGGCCGAGUUUGUUGCAGGCGUCAUUUCACGUGACUUUGGCCCCGACCGAUAUGCAGAGAUUCCGCCCCAUGGACGGUGGGAGCAUUUCAGCAUCGGCGGCAUCCCGCGGCUGGAGAACCUGGUGCAGAAGUGGCAGGACAGCGAGGUAUCCAAUAUGGAGAUUACUCGACGCCUGAUAGACCUCUUCUUUGUGUCCGUGCUGCUUGACGCUGGUGCGGGCGACACCUGGGCGUUCCGCGAACCCGGAGGCGACACGGCGUAUGGCCGCAGUGAAGGCAUCGCGGUGGCCUCGCUGUACAUGUUCAACGACGGAGCGUUCAGUUCAUCUACAGACGACAAUAAUGCCACGGUGGAUGGACAUGCCCUUAGCAAUCUGACCGAAGAUACGUUUAUCCACCACUUUCAGGUCGGCCCUCAGAAUCCAAUUGUCGGCGCUGCGUCCAGAAUCGAGCUGCUCAACAGCUUUGGAAAAUCUCUGCUCUCGCUUCCAGAGAUAUUCGGGGCAAAGGGUCGGCCAGGGCUGCUUGUUGGCGACAAAGAUGACGACCUAGAUUAUGAAGCUCUCUGGGAUAUCCUGCAGAAGCUGCUUCUCCCUGCAUGGCCGUCCAACCGCCCGCGGAUCAACGGUCAGCCUAUUGGAGACGCAUGGCCUCUCCGCGUGCUACAGGAAAAGUCCGGCAACAGCGAGAAUCCAACGGCGGGCAUUCAUCCGUUCCACAAGCUUACCCAAUGGCUUGGAUAUUCCCUCACCGUGCCAUUCAUGAAGGUACUCAAGCGGAAAUGGACCAACAUCGAAAAGGGAACCGGGUUGCCUGAGUACCGCAAUGGAGGCCUUUUCGUCGACAUGGGCGUCCUGAAACUGAAGCCAGAGGUUCUUGCCAAGGGACUUGAGGCUUCAAAUCAGGCGCUGCCGCUCUUCUCGUCCACCGGGGACGUGAUUGUGGAAUGGCGGGCGAUGACGGUUGCUCUCUUGGAUGAGCUGCAUAAGCUCAUCAAUGAUCUCUUGGCGCCGCAGGGAGUGUCCCUCUCGUUGCCGCAGCUGCUGGAGGCUGGAUCGUGGAAGAGCGGCAGAGAGCUGGCGGCCAAGCAUCGGCCGGAGACUCGGUCGAGCCCGAUACUGAUUGACGGCGAUGGCACUCUGUUUUAG